CUCCAUAAUCUCUUCCCUAUAAAGUGUAUAUACCACCAUCUUCCACCUCACCUCUCCCUCUCUCUCUCUCUCUCUCUCUCUCUCUCUCUUUCACUCAGCUUCUGACUUUUGGAGCACCCACAGAUCACUCUUCUUUCUCACAAAAAAGAUACUUACCCAAAAAAAGGAGAUCAAGACUUAAAAGACACCAAUGGCGUAGACGAUGGAUGGCAAUUUGGAGUCCUCACUGCUUGAAGCAGAGAUGGUUAUGGUUAGGAGAUGAAGGAGCGUCAGAGGUGGCAGCCUGAAGAAGACACACUCCUACGCGCUUACGUGAAGCAAUAUGGAGCCAGAGAAUGGAACCUCAUUUCACAGCGCAUGGGCAAAACCCUUGACAGAGACCCCAAAUCAUGCCUCGAGCGCUGGAAAAACUACCUCAAACCCGGCAUCAAGAAAGGGUCUCUGACGCCGGAAGAGCAAACUCUAGUCAUCUCUCUCCAAGCAAAGUACGGCAACAAGUGGAAGAAGAUCGCCGCCGAAGUCCCCGGCAGAACAGCCAAGAGACUCGGCAAGUGGUGGGAAGUUUUCAAAGAGAAACAACUCAAGCAGAUACAGAAGAGUCAGCACCGCCAGGAUUAUACUGAUCCACCGGCUGUUUCUGCCGUCUCUGCUGGUGGGUCGCCGGAAAAAGCUCUACAGGGAAAGUACGACCACAUUUUGGAGACAUUUGCGGAGAAGUACGUUCAGCCGAAGCUUUUUGCUUUCCAGUCCUUUCCUUUGCCUGCUAUGAUGCCUAACCUUUCAGUCCCUGAACCGGUUCCCGUUCUUUCUCUCGGUUCGGUGGCUGUCACUGAACCGGUCAACAUUUGCUCUACGACGUCGUCUUCUGUUCUUCUACCAUGGAUGAUGACAACGGCCAAUUUGGGUUCUACGACGUCGUCGUCUCUGUCAUCAUCAUCUUCUUCCACUCCAUCUCCUUCUGUUAGUCUCACGCUCUCCCCAUCUGAACCGGCGGUUCUUGAUCCUGUUCAGCCGGAAAUGGGCUUACCUGUCCGUUUCUUUCCGGUUCAGCAAAUGGGUACCCUUGUUCAGUACUGUAAAGAGCUUGAAGAAGGCAGACAAAACUGGUUACAGCACAAGAAGGAAGCUACGUGGAGGCUGAAGCGGUUGGAGCAACAGCUAGAGUCUGAGAAAGCAAGGAAGAGGAGAGAGAAAAUGGAGGAAAUUGAAGCAAGGAUAAGGUGUUUAAGAGAGGAAGAGAUGGGUUUUCUGGGUAGGAUUGAGAGUGAGUACAGAGAACAACUGGUUGCAUUACAGAGAGAUGCUGAGGCCAAAGAGGCUAAGUUAAUGGAAGCUUGGAGUAGCAAGCAUGUCAAGUUGACUAAGCUUGUUGAGCAGCAGAUUGGGGUUGUUCACAGUCAUGGAUUCACAACGGUGUCCAAGGAUUUUCACCGAGUCUAGUCUUAGGUGUGCCCAAACAAUGCAAUGCAAUGCAAACCCAUGUUAAUUUUUUUCUUUUUUGUUGUAGUUUAUGCAUUUAAUUUGUACUCCUUUGAUAUAAAUAUAUAUGUGGUUCAAGAG